AUGGCUUACUACCUGUGUUUUUUAUCCCACUAUUCGAGUCAAAGCCCCGAAGCUUUGCUUAAGUUAGCCGUUGCUAAGGGCAUUGCACCUUUCCACCGCUCUCCCUUGCCCUGCAGCCCUACUUUGGCUUUUGGAGUUGAAAUUUUCCAAUACGAGCCUCCUUUGCGUUCCUGCGUAUGCAAGUGCUUGUAUGAAAGAGAUGCAAUGCGAGCAUACGGUGUGUCUGCUCCAAGUAUAAACCCAGCUGUGCGUAAAGUAUUAGCUAUAUAUAUAUAUAUACUCCUGGAUAUGCAUAGUUAUAUUGUGGACUUUGAACUCGAGUAA